AUACCGACAUAUCAGCUACUUCAUCGCCAUCGCUUCGGUACAAGAGGAUACUUUACACGUCGCCCACAGGGCUGACCGCUCACAAACGGCUGCCCCAAGCUCCACUACUAGGCUGUCACUUGGGUAGCUCACAGCUAUUACAGCUACAGCGACAACUACUCUCACACAGCGUCGACAACACCGAGAGCGGCACAUCCGGAAUCUCUCUAAAGCCAUGAACUUUGUUACAUUCAACCAGGAUCACAGCCACCUGGGCGUUGGCACCACAAAUGGGUACCGCAUAUACACAACCGACCCGUUUAACAAGCAGUCCGAGUCGCGCGAAGGAGAUGUUUCCAGCCUUGAGAUGCUUUUCUCGACGUCGCUGGUUGCGCUAACAUUGUCGCCCCGAGUGCUUCGGAUACAAAACACAAAGAGACACUCCACGAUAUGCGAAAUGACCUUUAGGACGGCUAUCCUCGCUAUGCGCAUGAACAGGAAGCGCCUGGUUGUCGUCCUGGAAUCAGAGCUUUACAUCUACGACAUAAGCAACAUGCAGAUGCUCAAGACCGAGAAGACGUCACCAAAUCCCAACGCUAUAUGCGCCCUCUCUGCGUCGUCAGAAAACAACUAUCUCGUGUUCCCACUGCCCACCAAAGCCGCACCUGCAACCUUCCAACCACCCUCGCAUGCGCCGCCAAAGACUGAUCACAUCGCGCCAACAAGUGGAGAGGUAUUGAUAUAUGAUGCGACCAAGAUGGAAGCAGUCAACGUCAUAGAAGCGCACAACUCUCCGCUGUCGUGCAUUGCCCUCAACAGCGAUGGUACCCUGCUUGCGACAGCAUCGGAAAAGGGCACUAUUGUUCGCGUGUUCUCGAUUCCAGAUGCGCAGAAACUAUACCAGUUCAGGAGAGGCUCUAUACCAGCGAGGAUAUACAGCAUGUCGUUCAACUCGGCCUCAACACUACUGAGCGUCUCCUCGGCAACGGAGACGGUGCACAUCUUCCGUCUGGGUGCGCCCAAUAGCAGGAGUAAUAGCGUGUCUUCGGGACCUACGCGGCCGGGGGGUUCUGCCCAUCAGCGAAAUAGUAGUCUAGCAAGCGAAGAGGCAUCUGACGAAUUCGGUGCUAGUACAGCAGACAUGGCGCCUCCAGAACGGAAAGCAAUCAACCCCACUUUGGGAAGCUUGAUACGCCGCACAUCCCAAACGGUCGGAAAGUCAUUCGCUGCUACCGUGGGAGGGUACCUGCCCAACGCAGUAGCGGAGAUUUGGGAACCGUCGCGCGACUUUGCUUGGGUCAAGAUACCACGCUCACCCAACAGCUCGUCGUCGGGCCCAGUAAGGAAUGUGGUUGCGCUUAACAACAAUGGGCCUCAGAUCAUGGUUGUCACUAGCGAGGGCAACUACUACGUCUUUAAUGUCGACCUCGAAAAGGGAGGCGAGGGCACCCUGUAUAAGCAAUACUCUCUUCUCGAACCGAACGAACUUGCCGCAAGCAACUCCCACGACCUACCGGAAUAGGCUUCCCGCUUUAUGGAUUUUCUGAUCUGAUUUGUGAAUGUGCUUGUGGCGUCUUGGUGCAUUGCCUCUGGCGUUUGGUGGUCUCGUAUUAUUCCCCGUGGACUGGCGUAUCCUUGUGUUUGGUAGUGCCAUAGCCCACACUGACGUACUGGCGAAUACCUUACAGCUUUGUUGUACAGCAAUACAUGUGUUCCUGUUUGUGCG